GAACCGUCUGGUAAUCUUCAGUACGAUACGCCCGAUCACAGAGAGGGAGUUAACAGCUCACUCGUAUCCCUGGUGCAGUCCACUUGCGAGUUCACCAAUAGAUAGAUACCCUUGCCAGCGGGCAUUCCGCGUAAUAUGAGCGUGUUGACGGGGCGGCAGCAGGAGGAGCUUCGUCUAGCUAUCUUGGACUACUUACGAUUGAAUGGGUUCGACGAGGCUUUCCAUGCCUUCCAAAAAGAGGCGGGCGUCAAUGACUACAAUGGGGAUGGAAAGCAGCGAUAUUCUGGGCUAUUGGAGAAGAAGUGGACGUCUGUUAUCCGCUUGCAGAAAAAGAUAAUGGAGCAAGAGACCAAAAUCGCCCAAUUGGAGGAAGAGGUCAGCCAUGCGCCUGUCCGGCGAUCAGCAGAUUCCGUUGACUGGAUACCCCGUCCGCCACAUAAACACGCUCUCACCGGUCAUCGAAGCCCUAUCACCAAAAUUGCCUUUCAUCCCGUCUUUUCCGUCCUCGCAUCCGCAUCGGAAGAUGCCACAAUAAAAAUCUGGGAUUAUGAAACGGGGGAGUUUGAGCGAACGUUAAAGGGACAUACAAAGGCGGUACAAGAUGUAGGAUGGGAUGGGAAGGGAAAUUUGUUGGUGUCGUGCUCGUCGGAUUUGACUAUAAAAUUAUGGGAUACCCAGACAGAUUAUCAAUGUGUCAAAACCUUAUAUGGGCACGAUCACAGCGUUUCGUCGGUGGCAUUCCUUUCAACUGGAGACUUUAUUAUUUCGGCAUCGCGUGACAAAACGAUAAAAAUAUGGGAGGUUGCGUCAGGUUAUUGCACGAGAACGAUCAUUGGACAUCUUGACUGGGUUCGCGGCGCGAUCUCGAGUGAAGAUGGACGGCUGCUGGCAAGCUGCUCCAAUGAUCAGACAAUACGGAUAUGGGAUUUUGGUUCCGGCGAAUGUAAAAGCGAGCUGCGCGGUCACGAGCAUGUCGUAGAGUGUAUAGCUUUUGCGCCUACGACGGCGUUUCCUAAUAUUCGAGAGCUAGCCGGGUUUCAGAGCAAAGGUAAAGAUCCAGGGGUACCAGGCCAAUAUCUAGCAUCGGGAUCCCGUGAUAAGACACUGCGAUUAUGGGAUGUGUCGACAGGACAGUGCUUGUUUACCUUGACGGGUCAUGACAAUUGGAUCCGAGGAGUGGUCUUCCAUCCUAACGGCAAGUACCUCCUCAGCGGAUCCGACGACAAGACUUUGAAAGUGUGGGACCUCAAAUCAGGGCGAUGUAUCAAAACACUAGACGCCCAUUCCCACUUUGUUACUUGCAUAGAUUUUGCAAAGGCAAGUCCGGUGGUUGCUACUGGGUCUGUAGAUCAAUCGAUUAAGGUGUGGAUUUGUUCUUGAAUCAUAUCAUCAUAUAUGCAAGCACAAUUGCUGGCAUGGCUACAUGCCCAUAUUUUGAAAUAAUCACUGCUGUUGAAAAUUUGCACAUAGCGAAGAACGAUCGAAUCUGGCAAGUGCGUAGGUAUUUGUAUUAUAUUGCAUUUGUACAAGGAGCAAGAAUACUAUGGUACAGAAUUACAUAUCUGGCCGUGGCCGUUAAACAUUGAGUCGAAA